AUUACCUAAUCCCCAUGAUGGAGGUGAAGGCGAGAAAAAAGAGGGAGCUUUCGGCAGAACCGGUUGGGAAAACGCACCGGUGCAUCCCUCGGUACAUCCGGGCCCUAGGCGAGAAACAUGAAACCAGCCCUGCGUCCGAUUCAAUUCGCACUCCUCUCUCCCCCUUGUCUUCGCGCUGGUAAAGGUAGAAGAGGUGGUGGUGGUGGGGGGAGAGACAACUGAGGGUUUUGGAAAUGUCAGAGAGAACGGACGCUGUCAGUGGCGGUGCGCAAAAGACGCAUUCGUGCGCAUCUUCAGCAGCGUGUCAUCCGAAUGAGAGAGGAUGGAGAAGAAGAAGAGGAAGAAGGAGAAGAAGAGGUGGAGGUGAUGGAAGAGGAAAAGGAGAAGGAAGAGGAGAGGAGGAAAAUUAGAAAAUGAAAGGAGAAGACGGAAGUUGAAGGGACUCUUUUUAUUUACACAAGAUUGGCAUCUCCAAGACAUGGAUUUACCAUCAUGAACCGCCUCAGCAUGGACAAUCUGACAGAGCCGAUCACAAAGGACUUGGACUUUCAGCUCCAGGACCCUUUCCUGCUUUAUCGGAACGCACGUUUGGUUAUUCAUGGAAUUUGGUUCUAUGAUAAGGAAGACUGCCAACGCAUUGCCCAAAGGAUGAAGAUUCUAACCCAUCAGGAGCAGCUCCUGGCUCACACCCAGCAUGGCUGGUUGUUACCAGGAGGGGGAGGAGGAGGAGGAGGAGUAAUAGGAGCUGGAAGAGAGGGAGGAAGUAGUAAGACAAAGCCAGUGGACAUCAUCCAGAUGCUGACCAAAGCGCGCAGCGACUUUGACAAAGAGAAACCUCCCUCUGAACCAAAAGAAAUUGGUGGCAGUAGUGUCCUUUUUGGAAACCCCAACCUCAUCAAACCAAUACCAGUUAAACCACACACUCAGAGCAGUGAGGGUUCUGAGCCUAAGGCUCUGUCUUUGGCCACCCUGUUUGGAUCUCAGCCCUCCUCUAAAGCUGACCCCCCUCCUGCUGGGAGUUCUGCCACAACCACAGGAAAAGCCGCUCGCCCCCCUGUGGCUCGCACGUUGACCUACGACGAUGCUGUAACCUCAUCCGUUGGACACAUUGCUCUCGCCGGGGGCCCAGAUGGAGACGUCCGUCCGCUACCUGGUGAAGAGACCGGAAAUGUUGUCGCCGUUAUGCAGAGUCCCUCCACAUCCAAUCAGCCUCCGCAGAAUGAACCCCAACACUGCCCAGCCAUCGCAAAGCUGAUGCAGGGACAGAGGAGUGUUGGAGGCGGCCUACAAACCCUCUCUGAGUCCCCGGAGAACAGGCUGUGCGACAACAGGGUGCCACUGGACCACCACCACCACCUGUAUCAUCACCACCAUCAGGAGCACCACCACCACCACCAUCAUCACCAGCAGCAGCUUCACCCCGAUCCCAUAAAGAAGCUCUUUCAGAGUCAUCCACUUCCUCAGCUGGCGACCACCUUCUCCUCUGCCGUCCGGCCCAUCGCUUGUUGCUCCAAUCCGCCUCCUCUACAGCAGCACUCUCACCUCUCCCCCCAUUUCGUAGCAGGAGAGUCUCCCUCGUGCUCUCACCUUCAAGUACAACAAAGCCAGCAGCUGUUUUUCAGACUUCCAGAGUCCCAGACAGAAGAGCAGCACAGCAGCCAAACAGCCUCAGCCACACUGGGAACAGGCCUGCCAUCUCAAUUACAAGGAGUGGUUUCACCUCACGAACUCCUCCAGAAGCUGCAGUUGGUCCAGCAGGAGCAGAGCCUGACCUCUCUUGAUCUGCCUCGACCUCAUCCUGGAUUGGCGCCUCGAUUCCUGGGGCCAAACCAAAACCUCUGUGCCAGUUCGUCAGCAGGACCAGCCGCAGGUCAAAAAGCUGCCCUGCAGUGUCAGGUCAUCUCUCCCCAGCGGAUACCAGCCACCGUGCCCCCCACUCAGCUCCUCGCCCCCAGCGUGUUCACUCAGACAAAGUCCAGCAGCGGCUUGUCUGCCGUUGUUCAGGAAAGCCAUUCUUCACCCGCAACCCUGCCUCAACCCUCCCAGCAGGAGGAGGCCAGAGUCCUCUCCAAAAGCCAGCUUCAAGCCACGCUGCUGCAUUUAAUCCAGACUGACAGCUCAUUUCUGAACUCCAUCUACGAAGCAUACGUCAGCCGAUUCGCUAACAGCUCCAGCACCAAGUACUGAUGACUCUUCACACCCUGUCUGCACUCAGUCACACUCCAUCUGUUCUCAGAUGGAUUCUGACUGCCAAGAAGAAUGUACUGCAUCCAUUUCACAAUCCCAGCUUGUCUCUAUUGACAAAGUUUUUCUUCUUUUUCAGAAAAUAGAAGCGUUCUAUUUUGCUAAAUUUAAAUAUUUUUGUACAGGUAGCAACAAUAGUUUGCAUCAUUUACUAAUUUAACCCCACAAUGCAUCUAUUGAAUUUGGAACUACUUUAUGUAGGUCAGAAGCAGAUUCUAUCUUUUAGUAAAUUUUGAUUUUUUUCUCAAUUAUUAAAUGUUGCAAGAACAGUUUAAAAAAUGACAAAUCUUAAAAGGUUUUAGCCCAGAUUUUAAAAUCUCAUAAAUUCAUGUGUUGCCCACCAUCUUUUUUUUCU